GCGUGACUGACAGAUCCAGGGGUUCAGGGUCCUCUCUCGGCGCGAGACGUCCGUCAUUCUAUCGGGGCCCUUGUGCUACGAGCACGGCAGAGACAAUGGCGGGAACCGGGCUGGGCUCAGAGACGCUGGACCUGGAGAAGCUGCGCAUGGCCGGCGCCGGCCUGGCUCUGGCGGUGCUCACCAGCGGCGGGGACGCGCAAGGUAUGAAUGCUGCUGUCCGAGCUGUGACUCGCAUGGGGCUAUACGUUGGAGCGAAAGUGUUCCUGAUCUAUGAGGGGUAUGAAGGGCUGGUGGAUGGUGGAGAGAAUAUAAAACAGGCAAACUGGCUGAGCGUGUCCAACAUCAUUCAAUUGGGUGGCACCAUUAUUGGCAGUGCCCGCUGCAAAGCUUUCACCACCCGGGAGGGCCGUCUGCAGGCUGCUUACAAUUUGGUACAGCAUGGCAUCACCAACUUGUGUGUCAUUGGUGGAGAUGGCAGUCUGACUGGUGCAAACAUCUUCCGCACAGAGUGGGGUGGUCUGUUAGAGGAGCUAGUCGGUGAAGGAAAGAUCACUGAUGAAGUGGCUAAGACAUAUUGUCAUUUAAACAUUGUGGGUCUGGUGGGUUCCAUUGACAAUGACUUCUGCGGCACAGAUAUGACCAUUGGCACUGACUCUGCACUGCACCGUAUCAUGGAGGUGAUUGAUGCAAUCACUACCACUGCCCAGAGCCACCAGCGAACCUUUGUGUUGGAGGUGAUGGGCAGGCACUGUGGGUACCUUGCAUUAGUUUCAGCUUUGGCUUCUGGCGCUGACUGGCUUUUCAUCCCUGAAUCGCCUCCUGAGGAUGGUUGGGAGGAUUUCAUGUGUGAGAGGCUUGGUGAGGCACGGAGCAGAGGAUCCCGACUAAAUAUUAUCAUCAUUGCUGAGGGUGCUAUCGACCGGAAUGGGAAAUCGAUCACCUCUAAUUAUGUAAAGGAUCUGGUUGUGAAGCGCCUUGGCUUUGACACACGUGUGACUGUGCUUGGACAUGUGCAACGUGGUGGGACUCCCUCAGCAUUUGAUCGUGUUCUGAGCAGCAAAAUGGGUAUGGAAGCUGUGAUGGCACUACUGGAAGCAACACCAGACACUCCAGCAUGCGUGGUGAGUCUCUCCGGGAACCAGUCGGUGCGUCUUCCCCUGAUGGAGUGUGUACAAGUGACCAAAGAUGUCCAGAAAGCAAUGGAUGAGAAAAGGUUUGAGGAAGCAAUCCAGCUCAGAGGGAGGAGUUUUGAAAACAAUUGGAACAUUUACAAGCUACUUGCACACCAGAAACCAGAACAGGAAAAGAGCAAUUUCAGCAUUGCCAUCCUCAAUGUGGGAGCCCCAGCUGCAGGCAUGAAUGCAGCAGUCCGGUCAGCAGUGCGUGUUGGGAUUUGCCAGGGCCACACAAUGUAUGUGGUGAAUGAUGGCUUUGAAGGCUUGGGCAAGGGACAGAUCCGGGAAGUGGGCUGGCACGAUGUUGCAGGCUGGUUGGGCCGUGGUGGGUCCAUGCUGGGGACAAAACGGACUCUCCCAAAGACAUGCAUGGAAAAGAUUGUAGACACCAUCCGGAAAUUUAACAUCCAGGCACUGCUGGUCAUUGGUGGAUUUGAGGCCUAUGAAGGUGUCUUACAGCUGGUGGAAGCACGUGGACAGUAUGACGAGCUUUGCAUCAUCAUGUGCGUGAUUCCAGCUACCAUCAGUAACAAUGUGCCUGGGACAGAUUUCAGUCUGGGGUCAGAUACGGCUGUCAAUGCUGCCAUGGAGAGCUGUGACCGCAUCAAGCAAUCUGCCUCCGGCACUAAGCGUCGUGUGUUCAUUGUGGAGACUAUGGGGGGUUACUGUGGCUACUUGUCAACAGUGACUGGCAUAGCAGUCGGAGCUGACGCUGCCUAUGUGUAUGAAGAACCUUUCACCAUUCAUGACUUAAAGGCAAAUGUUGAACACUUGACUGACAAAAUGAAAACGGACAUUCAGAGAGGCCUAGUUCUGCGAAACGAGAAGUGUCAUGAGCACUAUACCACAGAGUUCCUCUACAACCUGUAUUCCUCAGAGGGGAAAGGAAUAUUCGACUGCAGGAUCAAUGUCCUUGGUCACCUUCAGCAGGGUGGUGCUCCAACCCCAUUUGACCGCAACUAUGGCACCAAGCUAGGAGUGAAAGCUGUCCUGUGGAUGUCAGAUAAGCUGAAGGAGGCUUACCGCAAAGGCCGUGUAUUUGCCAAUGAUGUGGAAUCUGCUUGUGUAAUAGGCCUGAAGAGGAAGACUGUGUCUUUCAGCCCUGUGACUGAACUCAAGAAAGUCACAGAUUUUGACCACAGGCUCCCCAAAGAGCAGUGGUGGCUGAACCUACGCUUGAUGCUGAAGAUGCUGGCCCACUACCAGAUCAGCCUGACUGAAUACGUGUCUGGGAAGAUGGAGCAUGUCACCCGGCGCACACUCAGCAUUGAGAAGGGAUUCUAGCAGCCAUCUUUUCUCUUCUGUUCUCCCCUCCAUCACCAGCCCUCAGUAGUUGCCUCCCUCCCUGGCCUUCUCAAGCCUUUUGAGUGCAGUGCUGGUGCCACUGUGAGCCUGUAGGAAUUGUGGCUUUGGGCAGUCUGGCUGAUUCUUUGCUCUGCCUAUGAAGUGAGGAUUCCCAUGGUAGCAAAGAGUGUUAAUACAAGGCUUGGAAUCUAUUUUCAUGUCAAGGCCAUUGUUUUGUUUGUACACUUGGAGAGUUCCCUAAGAUAACUGAUGAGUCCUGGAAGGGACUAAGAACUGCUGUUGGCCAUUGUUGCAUCAUCCAGAAAAGUCUUACCUGGCAGGUCUUUCAUCUGCACAUUUCGCCCACAAAAUAGCAGCAGCUGUUGAAAGAGCUCUUCCCUUCCCCCAGGGCUCCACGCGCCAACCACGAGAGGACAGGAUGUCUGAAUGCUGGAUUGGGAAGGCAGUAUGUUGCAGCUUUGUAUGGAGAACACUCUUCUCCAUGCCAUCUGGCUUAGUGUGCCUGAUUCAUUGUCUGUAACUAGUGCUGUAGGGACACCACUGCCCUCUCUGUAGCCAUGUGUCUGCACUCUCCCUGAUGCAGUUCUGUGAGCUCAAUGUUAUCACUCGUGUUUGUUUGUGGCACAGCUUGUGUCCUGUAGAAAUUUUAAAACGACUGAAUCAAACUUGUGUGUUGGUUGAUUCUGUUCCUGGUUGGAGAGCAGCCUCUGAUCUCCCAGCAUGAAAUGAGCCAAUUUUAUCAUAUUUGGCAGCUUUAGCUUAAUGGAGAAAUCCUUGUUGGAGCGUGCCCUACUUAGUUAAGGGGCAGAAAGUGGGAUAGUUUAUAGUGGGGACUGUUCUGGCACAAGCCUGCUGCUCCAAACAAACGUUAACCUCCUCCCUGCACCACCUUUUUCUUACUUUCUGCUACAGCCAGAGUGCUACUUCAAUGAAAUUACAGGACAUUUGGAAUCAAAUACUGGAAGAUUAUGGUAAUAGCUGGAUUAGUUUUCUGCACUUCUCAGCACCUGUUUCAAGCCAGAUCCUACGUCUGGGUCAUGUGCAUCCCUUGUACACUUUUCCAGGCACAGAGUGGAAGAUGUUUUCAUGCCUAUACUACCAAGACAGGUCCUGGUAGGAUUGCAGUGCAGGGUACUAGGCAGAGUUGCUUUGCUAGGAAAUGGCAUCUGUCAAAUAGCUAACCUGCCCAGUCCCUCAGGCCUAAGAAACAUGAUGUCUGAAAAUUUGUGAAUGGAUCUUUCCACCUUUUUUAAAACAGCAAUAGUAGACACACAGCCUCAAAUCAGAUUGGAAGGGAAGCAGGUAUCACUCUUUUUGAGCAAUUCUGCCAAUCUAAAUUGUUUUUUUAAAAAAAAAAAAAAAACUAUAGGGAACUCUGUUAACAGACCUCCCAGAAUUAAAUCUGUUUUGGUCCUUAAUUACAUUUACUCCUGCAAACAGAAAAUGCUAGUACUUCUAGCAGAUACUAUUCUUGGUGUUAGAUGCAGAGAAGUUAGCCGUGUUAGUCUGUGGUAGCAAAAUCAAAAAGAG